AUGGCUCCUGCGGGCUACCAGCCGCUCAAGACCGACCCCGGCUCGACAGCGCCCUCGGCUCUCCACCGCGCCGCGAUCCACCCGAUCCCGCCGGCCUUCCCCGCCCCCGCGCGAUAUGCCUCCGAGGGCGCCGGCCCGGCAGAGCCGCUGCAAAAGUGCCCCGCGGGCGCACCCCCGGCCGCGCGCCCGCCAGCGGCAACGAACCCCUUCGCGUCGCUGACCGUGGCGGAGACGACGGCGAUCCACGGGUGGCUGCACGCGCCCGUGCGGGGCCUGAACCUCACCGCGGGCGACAAGGCGUGGAUGUCGGACAACUGGGUGUACGGGAUCGAGGCGCACCGGCCGGCGAAGGCGGACGCGGUCGCGUAUCUGGACGGCGCGCGGGCGCGACGGCGCCGCCGCGUACAUGCCGCGAUCGUGGAGGCCACGGAGACUCUCUUUGGCGGCUCCGUGCGCGGACUUCCGAACGACACGCUUGUUGGCAAUGCCGUCGCGCCCUUCAGCUUUGACGGAAGCUUCCGGCGCGGCUGGUACGUCGACUUCAGCGGCACGGACCCCGAGACCUGGAAAGUGCUCAAGGUGGUCUACAACCACCAAGUGUUCGACACGAUCGAUGAGUUCAUGGCCGCCUUCAAGAACGGCACGCUCAAGCGCCUCCCCGAGCGCCCCGACCAGGACGCGGACGCGGGCGAGUGGAGCACGCGCAAGCGGCCGCAGGUGCCCGCGCAGCGCGACCUCGACCACCUCCCCGGGCCGCGCUCGGUGUCGUUCGGCGGGCUGCGCUUCCGGGUGGACCGCGCGACGCAGUACGUGAGCUGGCUGGGCUGGGGGCUCUACCUCGGCUUCGAUCGCGACAUGGGCAUGAGCCUCUGGGACAUCCGCUUCCGGGGCGAAGGAUCAUCUACGAGGUGCGUCGACGGCUGGCUGGGUCGUGCUGCGAAGAACGCUGAUCCCGGGCUGGCGCGUGGUGCAGCUGUCGCCCAGGAGGCCAUCGCGCAGUACGCGGGGAACGACCCGAUGCAGACCACGACGGCGUGGCUCGACCGGUACUUCGGCAUGGUGAGCCUCUCACGCGGCAGUGGGAGGCUCGGUGCGCGACAUGAUGCCGGGCUACGACUGCCCCACGAAGCGGUCUACCUCCCGGCGACGACGCACAACUUCGAAGGGAGCAUCACGCGCGAGCGCGCGGUCUGCGUCUUCGAGCACGACUCCGCGCGGCCGAUCACGCGGCACACCGGGUACAUGAAGGGCGAGUUCGGCGCGACGAAGGGCUACCAGCUCGUCGUGCGGAGCAUCUCGACUGUUGGAAACUAUGACUACUUGUUCGACUACAUCUUCCAGCUCGAUGGCACCAUCGAAGGCUAUGGCACCGCGAUCCGCGAGACCACCAUGGGUUCCCUCCACGACCAUGUCAUCAACUACAAGGUUGACCUCGAUGUCGCUGGACAGGACAAUUCGCUCGUCUACACGCACACCGACACCGAAGGUGGAUACUCCCUCGUGAACAAGGAAGCCAGCAACCGUUGGGGCAUCCCUCGCGGAUACGCCAUCCACCCUGGAAUCUCACCCGUCCACAACACCGUCGUCGGCUCCAAGCGGCUGCUGAACAACGCCAACUGGGCGCGCUACAACCUCGCGGUCUCGAAGCGCAAGGACACCGAGCCGUGCUCGUCCGCGCAGUGGAACAUGAACCUCCCCGGCGCGCCCCCCGUCGACUUCCACCGGUUCUUCGACGGCGAGAACCUCACCCAGACCGACCUCGUCGCCUGGGUGAACGUCGGGAUGCACCACCUGCCCCAGGCGGAGGACGCGCCGAACACGCGCACGAACCUCGCCGCGUCCUCCUUCUUCGUCACCCCGCUCAACUACUUCGACUACGACGUCUCGAUCGAGAGCACGAACGCGAUCCUGCUCACCGAGCCCGCGACGCCGGGCGCGCCGUGGGCGUUCGACGACUACGGCGUCGCGCCCGCGCACUGCGUCCCCGACGCCGUCCCGCCGUUCGAGUACGUCGGCGUGCGGACGUUCGGGCUCGACGGCAAGGCGGCGCCGCCCAAGACUGCGGAGGAGAUGCGGAAGAGCGCGGAGCUGUUCCAUCGGAUCAAGGUCGAGCUUUGGGCGGAAAUGCUUCACGGGUGGAGGACGGUCGGAAAAACAUCGAGGGUGUUGGAGGGAUUAUGA